GAAGCCAUAUUGUGUUGUGUGCGUGUGCGAGCGUGCGUGUGUAGGCUAUGUGUUUUGUUUUUUUUAUUUUGGGGAAGGGAUUGUUCGGGGGUCUCGCCGUUUGAGGGUGAAACCGGUCUGAGGGAGCUAUGAAUUUUGAAUUUGAGAGGGAGAUCGGUUUUAUAAACAGCCAGCCGUCCCUAGCAGAGUGCCUGACGUCCUUCCCCGCCGUCCUGGAGUCAUUUCAAACUUCAUCAAUCAAGGAGUCGACAGUAAUUCCGCCUCCCUUCGAGCACACCAUCCCCAGCCUCAGCCCCUGCACAGCCAGCCAGCCGAGACCGACUGCUAGGAGCCAGCAGAACCGGAGAACCUCCGCCACUAAUGGCCUCCAGACGCACCACCGAGCCGCCCAGCAACCCUGCCCGGCCGGCCAGGCCCCUGGCACGGCCACGGCCUCUCCGGCCGGUCCGCUGGCCCACGAGUUUCCCUGGAUGAAGGAGAAGAAGUCAUCAAAGAAGUGCCCCAAGCCUGGGAGCAGCUCCAGCGGUGGCGGAUCCAUCAUCCCCCCCACCUCGUCCUCCCCGUCGCCGACCGCCUCCGGGUAUGCUUCGGCGGGCAUCGAGUCCCCCACAGACUCAAGUCAUGCGGGUCUGGAUGGUGGAGGAGCCGGGUCCCGCCGGCUGCGCACGGCCUACACCAACACGCAGCUGCUGGAGCUGGAAAAGGAGUUCCACUUCAACAAGUAUCUAUGCCGGCCCAGGAGGGUAGAGAUCGCCGCCCUUUUGGAUCUGACCGAGCGGCAGGUCAAAGUUUGGUUCCAGAACCGGCGGAUGAAACACAAGCGCCAGACUACGCACCACCGGGACGGCGGUGGAGGAGGCCACGAAUCCAGCGACCUGGGCGGGUUCGAGCCGCUCGAAGGCGCCGAUGCUUCAUCCCCGUACUCAAGCCAGCCGCUGGAAGCAUCUGGCACCGGGGAGGCCACAUCGGAGGGCGAGCCGGGGAGCAGCAAUCCAUCUUCGGCCGCUGCUCCCACCGCCUACGCCAAUGACAGCGGGGACAAUGCACAGCCCACGCCGGAGGAGGGCUGCAGUUUGAGCCGUCCCGAACGCCCACCGCUGCCAGGGGCAUCUGGCUCCUCGGACGCUGCUGCAUCUCACCACUCCCCGCCUGCGUUCACCCCGACGAACUCGGCUGACAACCCGGGCCUGAUGCAGCUCAGCGAGGCCGGGCUCGCAGCAGCAGUAGCGGCGUCCGAUCCGUCAUUCUCUGAGCAACGGGACUCGCCCAUCACCUCCUCCUCGGCUGCCCCUCCCGCCGCCUCCUCAUCUGCGCUCCCCGAUCUGACCUUCUUCGCCGGGGACGCCUGCCUUUCACCCAGCCUCCAGAGUUCCCUGGAUAGUCCGGUGGAUUUCUCCGAGGAGGACUUCGACCUGUUCACAAGCACACUGUGCACCAUAGACCUGCAGCACCUCAACUUCUGAGGCCAGCUGCAACGUUUAAUCAUAAACGAAAAAUAAAAGACAAAAGACGGAGUGGAGGGACAGGCCUGUGUGGAUGAACAAUCGAGCGGAAGAGACAGCACUCGGCGAGGACUCUGUUGUUUAAAAAGCAUAAAAGCUUCUCGGCAACAUUCCUGAAACAUUUCUGAAUGAAAAUUCUGUUCGUUUUUAAAUAUAUAUAUUUUUUCGUCUUCUUGCUGGUUUUACUUUCCCGCUAAAUGUAGUUUAAGAGAGAUGCAUUUUUUAUUUUAAACACCGAAAGGAAAUUGUUUUUUUUUCCACGAUCGAGAAGUGGUGGAUGUUUUACUCUCCUCAUGUCCAAAUUUCAGGUAUUUAUUGCCUUUCUUGUUUUUGAUAUUUUUUUGUUUUGUUAAAACGAUGGACCUUUAUCAGUGUGCGUGGAUUUGUUUCCUCUAGUCCAUUCUGGUGCAGCUUCAUGGAUCCUUAAUAACUUCUCAGGAACUGUUCGCGAAGUCUAGGUGCAGAGAGCUGGACUGCUCUUACAAAUUCGAAACUGAAGAAUUAAUUCAUUCUCUCUCUGAACGUGGCGAGACGAGAGAGAGAGAAGCCCUGCUGAUGACCCGAGUUUUAGACCCUAGUUUAUUUAUUGAGAUUCUUUAAUAGUGAAAAUCCAAAUUAUUUAUUGUACAUAUAUUUUCAUAGUGGAAUAAUAAUAAUAAUAAAAAACACACAAACAAUUA